CUUAGGUAUCGCGAGAGUGGUUUACAGGCAAAUUGCAGGAUAUCGUGAGAUUUCUUUUUUUACCCAAUACGACUCGUUCCUUUCAGCGCUGACGCUGUUUCUCCUGAUCCGAUCCCAGUUUUUGAUUGGACGAACAAGGCAGCUGAAAGCCAGUCUGACAUUUAUUGGACACUGCUAUCAGUCCUUACCAAAAAUUCCUUGCACAUUCAUAAAAAGAAAGGAUCACAGUCUCUAUCAUGGGGAACAUUUUUGGAAAUCUGCUGAAGAGUCUGAUUGGGAAGAAGGAGAUGAGGAUUCUGAUGGUGGGCCUCGACGCAGCAGGAAAGACCACUAUAUUAUACAAACUUAAACUGGGAGAGAUAGUCACCACAAUUCCUACUAUCGGGUUCAAUGUGGAGACGGUGGAAUACAAGAACAUCAGCUUUACUGUGUGGGACGUGGGUGGCCAGGACAAGAUCCGUCCCCUCUGGAGACACUACUUCCAGAACACACAGGGUCUGAUCUUUGUGGUGGACAGUAAUGACAGGGAGCGAGUGAAUGAGGCAAGGGAGGAGCUGAUGAGGAUGCUGGCGGAGGAUGAACUGAGGGACGCCGUGUUGCUGGUGUUCGCCAACAAGCAGGACCUGCCCAAUGCCAUGAAUGCAGCAGAGAUCACAGACAAGCUGGGCCUACACUCCUUGCGCCACCGCAACUGGUACAUCCAGGCCACCUGCGCCACUAGUGGGGAUGGUCUCUACGAGGGCCUUGACUGGCUGGCCAAUCAGCUUAAGAACAAGAAGUGAGGGACCUAAAGGAGAUAGGCAAGACACCUCAACAGGGUAUCGGGGGUUUGGUUAAGGGGAAAGGUGGAUAGAAUGACAUAGGGUGUGGAUGAUGGGGCGGCAGGGGGGGUCGGGUUAUGGGUAAGCUUGCUGGGUCGAGAUUUUUGUUUGAGUUUGUUUUGAUUUUGUUUGUUACAUAUUUUUUCCAAAUGAGUGAUUGAUAGUUAUUUUCCAGAUUCUUAGAGGGCUUACUGUGAACUGACUAUCAUACCGUUAUUCACACAUAAACACAAGCAAGCAUGGUACACACCUCUGCUGUUCCCAUGUCCACCUUCUGCUACAACGUUAGAUAUAUGUUAGUGUAAGACACACACAGUAUUGAAAAAAAGUGUGACUUCUAAAACAUACAUCCUCAAAUAUUUUGUUGUUGUUUUUCUGAAUGUUUUUGCUCUUUUUGGUCACCAGUCAGUAGUCCUAAUGUCAGUUCUUGUUGAUGUAACUUGCACAGUUUUAUUCUUUCUCCAUGUCAUUGGAGUAACAGAAAAUACAAUGCUAUUAUGUUUUUUUAAUUUUGCCCACUUUUUCUUUAUUGUGAGCAAUAAGUGUUUGUAUGUGCAUAGUAUGGAUGCAUAAUAUGUUAAUUUUUGUGUAUUAGAUGGUAGUGUUGUGUGCUAAUGUGUUAACAGGUGGUUUAGGUGGAUUUGGAAACAAUCAUAUAUCACAUGCCAAACUCUUUUAAUAAUAAGUUCUGCCUUCACUCUUUGUCAGUCUACUACCUGCAUGAGCUGUCGUGAAAUUGGCCGAAUUGCUGCAUGCACUCCCAUGUCUCCACAGUGAUCAGGGGAAUGUGCAGCACUUCUUUCCUGAUGUUGCUGGAAGUGCAUGGCUUACCUGCACUGCUUAAAAUUCUAAUAGUCUCAGUAAAAAGCUACAUGCCUAAAUUGUCAACAAUAGAUAGUGUCAGUAAAUACUUCAAUUUUGUAGCUGCAUACGGUCUGGGAUGUCAUUGUGUAACCAGUCUUGCUAUCAUAAUUAUCUGAACACUCGCUGAAACACACAAACCUCGUGCACACACGUGUACAGUUACUUUAUUCCUGCCUGUCUUCUGGCUUCCUUCCGGAUUCAGUUAUGAGUCAAAUAACAUCAUGUUGCUCUACUUUUAUUCCCUUACUUUCUUAUUUGAAUAAUCUUUUAACGACAUAAUACAACAAAAGGAUAGCUAAAGAAAGUAUUAUUGAAUGUUCAUGUAUUUGCGAAUGACUGCAAUAAUUAUUAUUUGACAUCUUAUUUCUUUAUCUGUCUGUACAGUUACAGUGUAUUCAGAGCACACAAAGUUAACCAAUCAAUCAGUGUGUUGUAUUUAUAAAGGUUUAUCAGCACAGCAAGAUAUGACUCUGUCAAACUGCAGUAAAGCCAUCCUUCUACCACUAAUACCAGCAAACUUAAGUUGUUACCGUCAAAACAGUGUUUAUGUGUGGACAUGGACACUGUUAUGAGGACAGUACAAAGUACACUAUCAACCUAUCAAAUAAAACAGUCCAGUAUUUACAUUCAGUGUCAACUUUGCAACUUUUGUUGAAUUGUUUGAGUUUUGUGGCCUUAUAUUUAGUAAUGUUAAGAAUUGUGUUCCUAUAUAAAGUUGGUAAGCAGGUCAGCCAAGUUUAUGAAAAUGCGAACUAAAACGAUAAUCAAUGCAAGACAACAUACCAUUAAUGAAUCAUAUAUGAACUUAUCUGUACCAGUGUGUUGUCUAACUAAAAAGGGUGAUGACCUCACUCAGUGGUCCAUGCUGUCAUUGGCAACACAACAGUCUGUGUGACAUAAGGAAAUGAAACAGGAUGAACCUGCUGUGUUGACAAUAAAACCACUUUUCAGUAUGG